UAGGCGCUUACUGGUACGGCCGCCAUAUUGUGUGACACUAUUUUGAUUCUUAUCUGUUGGAAGUGCGAAAGGAAGAGAGAAAAUAAGGGGGAGCAGAGGGGGAAAAGCAGAAGAGCUGUCAAAAGAAUCUCGAGUCUGUGAAACAGCGGGCAGCGGAGGCGGUGGUGUUUUUUCUCCCCUCAUCGCUGUCUUUAGCGGAGUUGGGCCUGGGUUCAUCAGCCCGGCCCAGUGCAGUUCCGCGGCGGCGUCUCGGCCCGGGGAGCGGCGGCUGACACGAAGAUGCUAAGAUAGUGGGUGAGCGACGCGUGCGUGCUGAGGUCAAGUCCGUUCUGUCGUGGCAGUAGACGAAUGGCACAGGGAAACCAGCAGAUUGACAACCAGGUUCUGCACCACCUGCGGCAAAAGUUUCCAGAAGUUCCAGAGGGCGUGGUGUCUGAGUGUGUCCUACAGAAUAAAAACGAUUUGGCUGCAUGUUGCGAAUACCUGGCCAAGGUGAGUCCUGGGUUUUUGUAUAGUGAAGGCAGCCAGAGUUUGACAGAUCUUCGUAAUCACAUGACCCAACUCAACCUCGGCGUCUCUCAGAAUACCCAUGGUGCAGUGCAGCGAGAUGUAGUAAGGAUGAAUGGAAGUAGGACUCUCACCCCCAGUGUGAGCGAUGGGCCUUUAAACGUGUUGUCUCCCCUCUCCGAGUUCUACCAGCCUGAAACGCCGUCUGUGCCUUCACACACGCCCACAAGCCUCAGUGCAUUCACUGCCAUGGAGUCCACUCGUAAGCCGCAGCCUCCUCAGCACCUUGGCCUAUACCAGGUUGGGGGCAAAGGUCACGGACCACCGCCAACCCCGCGCUUCAACCCGAUCACAGUGACGCUCGCACCCAACACCGGCCGAAAUACACCUACCUCCCUGCACAUACAUGGAGGGCCUCAGUCGGGUCUGAACAGUCCGAACUCCAUCUACAUUCGCCCGUACGUGACCCAGCCGGGCUCGACGCGACAGGUACAAGGACGAGCGCAGUACAGUCCCACCUCCCAGCCUACCCAGCAGAUCUAUCAAAUCACUCAUCCUGCAGCUUCCCAGAGUUCGUGGAGCGGCAGCCAGCAUCAAACCUCACACGUGUACAUGCCUAUCAGUUCGCCCACCAACACCCAAGCCCCCUCCAUCCCCUCGGCCGUGGCGUCACAGGCCUCCUCUUCGUCACCCUCGCCUUCCUCUUGCUCAUCUGCUGCCUCCUUCAGCCAGUACAACAUCCAGAACAUCUCAACUGGGCCUCGGAAGAAUCAGAUUGAGAUAAAGUUGGAGUCUCCACAGAGGGGGGCUGGUGGUUCGAGCACGCUCCUGCGCUCGGGCUCCUCCCCGCGAGCCGCCUGCAGCUCCACAUCUUCGUCCUGUCCCUCGUCGUCUUCUCUGGCUGCCAGCACGGGUCCCUCCGCCCCCAUCUCAAUUGGAGGAGCUGGGCUCAGUCGCAGCCAGCCCACGGUGUACAUCUCUGCGUCCCCACCCACUGCUGCUACCACCCCAUCGGACGACUGCGCCAUUGUUCCCAACACCCCCCGCUCGCAGCCCAAGUUCUACAUUUCUGCAAACACGUCAGCCGACGACGGAGGGGGAAGGAACCCGCCCACAGUCUAUAUCUCGGCCAAUCCGACGCUGCAGGGUUCUGCUGGCCUGCGGGCUUUAGGGAGCCAGGUGAGCAUGGGACCUGCAUAUAUACACCACCACCCACCCAAAUCUCGUCCCUCGGUGGCAGCUGGAGGCACUGCCACGUCUCCUCGUGUGGUGGUAACACAGCCCAACACCAAGUACACCUUUAAAAUCACUGUCUCCCCCAAUAAACCACCAGCUGUGUCUCCUGGAGUGGUAUCGCCAACGUUUGAGCCAACCAACCUGCUCAGUCUACCUGGCGAUCACCAUUACGCGGAGCCGGAUCCCCUGUACCAGUCUGACCCACUUUCGCCUCACCGGGACAAAAGCUCAGAGCCUCGCAGACUCAGCAUGGGUGCAGACGACGCUGCAUACACACAAGCUUUGCUAGUGCAUCAGAGGGCACGCAUGGAGAGAUUGUGGCAUGAAUUAGAGCUGAAGAAGAGAAAGCUGGAGAAGCUGAAAGAGGAAGUCAACGAGAUGGAAAAUGACCUCACAAGGAGACGACUGCAGCGCUCCAACUCAGUCAGUCAGAUACCAUCUAUUGAGGAGAUGCAACAGCUGAGGUGUAAGAAUAGGCUUCUACAAAUCGAUAUUGAUUGUUUAACCAAAGAGAUUGACCUCCUUCAGACACGAGGUGAGAACCAUGAGCUGCUGUGCUGUUGGCAAUCAACAACAAACUCUUGUUUGUGUUUACUCUUGUGUAUGUCAUUCGUCCAUCAUCUUUGCUUUAUUUUGUCACUUCUGUAGGCUGUGAUGAAGGGGUGUUUUAGUACUAGAGAUCGCCUGAUAAUAGAUCUUACCAAUUGUUUGCAAGCAUUUUUCCAUAAACGUGUUUCUGUUUGGUAAUAUCAAAGUCAUCAAUAAUUGGCUCCAUCUUGUGGAUGUUUUGAGAAUUACACACAGGACCACCAUUAAAGAGGUCAUCGGAUGCCCAUUUUACACAAGUUGGUAUGGUUCUUUAGGGUCUUCAUGUAAAGUUUGUAACAUACUCUGGUUUAAAUUCCUAAGUCAGGACACCCCUAUGUUAAAUUCUCAUAGAUGCCAAUCUCUAGGUAUGGGGAAGGGUGUGUCUUUAUCUUAACUUUACAUUAUUCAUUCACAAAGAAAAAUUAGUCCUUAAAGGUUG